UUUUAGAAAUUCCAUCAGUACGACAUUUAUUGUGUCGAAAAACGCCCACAAAUGUUUUCAACAAAAAUCAAUUUGAGCAUCGUUUUGCUCUUGGCCAUUUCUAGCCAGCUGGCUAGUGGUCAAUUUAAUCCGAACUAUGCUUCGGGUCGCAAUACCAUUGUCCAUUUGUUCGAAUGGAAAUGGGAUGAUAUUGCAAAGGAGUGUGAAUUCCUGGGACCCAAGGGUUUUGCUGGUGUUCAGGUCUCCCCAGUCACCGAAAUGUCCGUGGUUGCCAAUCGCCCAUGGUGGGAACGUUACCAACCCAUUUCCUAUCUCAUGACCACCCCCGGCAACGAAGCCCAAUUCACCAGCAUGGUGAAACGCUGCAACAAUGUCGGUGUACGCAUCUAUGUUGAUAUUAUUUUGAAUCACAUGACCGCCAGUCAUGCCAGCGUUGUGGGUACCGGUGGCUCUAAGGCUGAUCCCAAUUCGAAGAGUUUCCCUGCUGUUCCCUAUUCGGCAAGUGAUUUCCAUGCCACAUGCGGCAUCAAAAACUACAAUGAUGUCAACCAGGUUCGCAACUGUGAAUUGGUCGGUUUGAAGGAUUUGGAUCAAAGCAAUUCAUGGGUACGCGAUCGUAUUGUCGAAUUCAUGAAUAAGCUGAUUUCCAUUGGUGUUGCGGGUUUCCGUGUCGAUGCUGCCAAACAUAUGUGGCCAGCUGAUUUGAAGGUUAUCUACUCCCGUUUGAACAACUUAAACACUGCUCAUGGCUUUGCUGCCAACACUCGUCCCUUCAUUGUCCAGGAAGUCAUCGAUAUGGGUGGUGAAGCCAUCUCCAAGUAUGAAUACACCGAUUUGGGUACCGUCACCGAAUUCAGACACUCUGACUCAAUUGGCAAGGUAUUCCGUGGCAAGGAUCAAAUGCGCUACUUGAAUAACUGGGGUACUGCUUGGGGUUUCAUGCCCUCCGAUCGUUCUUUGGUCUUUGUCGAUAAUCACGACAAUCAACGUGGCCAUGGUGCUGGCGGUGCUAAUAUUUUGACCUAUAAAAAUUCCAAACAAUAUAAAAUGGCCAAUGCCUUUAUGUUGGCUCAUCCCUUCGGUAUUACCCGUGUUAUGUCUUCGUUUGCCUUCGACAAUACCGAUCAAGGUCCACCCACUACCGAUGGUACCAACAUUCGUUCGCCCACCUUCAAUUCGGAUAACUCUUGCAGCGGUGGCUGUUGUGAACAUCGUUGGCGUCAAAUCUACAACAUGGUCGGCUUCCGUAAUGUGGUCGGCACUGCAGCCCUUCAAAAUUGGUGGGAUAAUGGCAGCAAUCAAAUUGCUUUCUGUCGCGGCAAAGGGUUCAUUGCCUUGAACGGCGAUUCGUAUGACAUGAGCACCUCGUUGCAGACCUGCUUGCCUGCCGGUACUUAUUGUGAUGUUAUUUCGGGUAUGAAAUCUGGUUCCAGCUGUACUGGUAAAUCGGUUGUGGUUGGUUCUGAUGGUCGUGCCACCAUUACCAUCCGCAAGUCCGAGGAAGAUGGUGUCUUGGCCAUUCAUGUCAAUUCGAAAUUGUAAAGAGAGAGAAAGAUGUUCUUGAAAUAAACGGUUAUUUCCAAAAAUUA